GUAUCCGCCGUUUCGACGGUCCCGAUGAGAAGUUUAGCCGAACUAAGUGAUCUCGGCACGAGAAAUUCACACCGGGCGACAUUAUCACGUACCGUUGCGUGAUGGGCUUCAAAUGAGAUAUAAAAGGGAAGGCUGGUGGUCCCAACGGUAGUCUCUUCGAACGUCACAAACACUCAUGGUUGUUUUAGUCUCUCCGUGACGUUUAUGGCGGUGACCGACGCCAUGAGUCGUGGCGGCCGCAAGGGUUAUCGUUCAUUCUCUGUGAAUGCCUGAGUGGUUGGGUGGGCCAGUCCGUGUCAUCUUUCAGGGUUCUGUUUCGUACUUCGGAUGGUUCUGGUGUGCGAUCCAAAUGUUUAUCGUUCUGGCUACCUCCCGCUCACAGUGUUGUAUUCUGUGGUAUUCCUGUAUUUAUUCAUGUACGUGGGCACCGUAUUUCUUCCCGUCCCGUAUGCAUUCCAUAAAACUGCCGGUCUUCUUUCAUUAUCAAGCGAAGAGCAUGUGGAAACUUCGAAGAAAGCCAAUUUCGAGAUAGAACAAUACAGAG